UUUCAUUGAAACAGUGACUCCGCAUCAUUGUUGGUCGAAAUGAGUUCCCGAUUCCGCCUUAUCGAACUCUUUGUGCUCCUAUAUUUAAUCAAACAGAUUGCAUCUAGAGUGGAGCUGACCAACAUUGUAUGCACCUCCUUGGACCCUGAGUUCGCCGACUUUGAGUACUGCUAUCUCAAAUCCGUGAAUCGAACCUAUAAGUACAUGUCCUUAAAGGUGAACUUGCUGAAGAAGCCCAUCACCAAAGUCAAAGUGAAUGCGGAACUACUAAAGAGAUUCAGUGGCUACAAGCCGUAUCUCUACAACGUGACUGUGGACGCCUGCCGAUUUCUGAAGAAUACCAAAUCCAGUCCCAUUGCAGCAUAUUUUUACGGCUUCUUCAAGAGCCACUCCAACAUGAAUCACUCUUGCCCCUAUGAUCAAGAUAUAGUGGUAGAAAAACUACCGAUCAGCGCUAUAAAUACCCACUUCACCGAGGUCUUGCCCUUUCCCCUCGGAGAUUACCUCUUUCAAACUAAUUGGUUCGCCUACGACAUAAACCGCGCCAAUGUCAAAGUAUACUUUACACUUUCGUAA